GUCGCACAAUGUUAGAAUUAAUUAAGUUGGCCUUACCGAGCUUCCAUGAUCAGAUUUGUCACAUCAAUGCUUUAAAUACCAGCAGUCAAUGUUAAUGCUGAUUAUUGUUUCUUUUCUAAAUUGGAAUUGUAAAAAUGGAAGCCCAUCUUACAGAGGAACAAAUUUCAGAGUUCAAGGAGGCGUUUAGUUUGUUCGACAAGGACGGCGACGGGACUAUUUCCUCGACUGAGCUGGGCACCGUCAUGCGGUCGCUGGGCGGUAAUCCCACCGAGGCCGAGUUGCAGGACAUGAUCAACGAGGUGGACGCUGACGGAAGUGGCAUGAUAGAGUUCCCAGAAUUCCUCACCAUGAUGGUUAGGAACAUGCGCGAUAUUGACACGGUAGAGGACCUACGCCAAGCGUUCAACGUGUUUGACAAGGAUGGCACCGGAAAGAUCUCCGCUGCCGAGCUGCGUCACGUGAUGUCAAAUCUCGGCGAGAAACUCACGGAGGAGGAGGUGGACGAGAUGUUGCGAGAGGCGGACGUCGAUGGCGACGGAGAAAUAAAUUAUGAGGAAUUCGUUCAGCUUAUGAUGUCUACUUCAAAAUAAUUCACCUUCAGGAGACGCGAAGAACGCCAUCAAUUCAUCAAUAUUUCUGUGAUUUGUCUUUAAAAUUUCAUUAAUUAUUUAUUUGCAUUGAUCUGCUAAGACUAUUAGUUGUAUAAUAGAACUAUGUAUUAUUA